UCUAUAUGAAUACAAGUUCCUAUUGGACACAGACUCUAAGACGAUAGCUGAGAUGACUGAGCACUUGAUCUAUUGGCGAAAGGCCAAAAUCACCGACGUGGUGACUUUACGGAAUACAUACCAACUCGCUUCGCUUUUACAUUCACAGGCCGAUUACAUUGUUGAUCAAGAUCUUCCGCCUGUACUUCCAUUCUCAGCAUUAAAUGAAGAAUUCGCAAAUGCUUUCCCCACCUUACCUCACUUAGUCUCCGUGCUUUCAUUAAUAAGCAAGCAAGCGAGACAACCUUUCUCUUCUAUCUUACCGAGCUUGCAACCUGGAUUAGACAAGGCAGAAUCCAUGGCUAUCUUGGUGUGGUUGUUAAAACGUGAUCUUGUUUGUCGAGAACGCACGCACGUUCGACUUAAGGUAGACGGCCGUACCAAGGUGAAAGUGAAGCAAUUGGAUCAAUAUCAAAACAAGCGAAGUGACGAAGAGACCAAUGAGAAUGAAGAUCUAGGAUCACUUUCACCUGAAUUUCAAAUUCGGACUUCACGCGAUGAGGCAUCAACUUCACCCGCCACUCGUCAAAUAUCCAUCCGACCUUCUUUAGCUCCCAUACGAGGAAGUUUUCAUAGAGGUUCAUCUCCAUUAAUAAAUUCCCUCAAUAAUCGUUCAAUUUCUAAUCUCCAGCGUCAGCAAUCUCAAAGAAUCAUUCCUAAUCUAGCCGCCUCUGCCACUCAAUCUACAUCAGAUUAUAGCACUAGUAUUCCUUCAAAUCAUCAUUUCCAGAGACUUGAACCUGGAUCAGCAGAUUCAUUGCCAUCUUUAAAUGAACUUGGCAGACGUCAUCGAAGAAGGAUUAGACAACUUUCAGUCCAAUCUGGUGGCACUUGUCACAGUGGAGAAAUCAGUAGAGUAGAAGAAAUUGAGGAUGGGUAUCUUGAUGAAGAAGAUGAGAUCUUGGGUGAACCUGGAAAAGCUACACCUACUCAACGUAGAUGGUUAGACGAACUAUGCGCUGAAAAGGCUGAGACAGUGGUAACUACGUUCAAUUUAGUUCUGAGGUACUUUAAUGGACGAUAUCCUUUAGAAGAAAUCAUCAGUCGUAGUGGAGUGACCCGAAGGGCGCUAAAUGAGGUGUUACAAGAGUUUGAUUCCAAUCUGAUUUUGUUGAUACAUCCAUAAUAUCAACCUUUAUGGAGUGGUGAACAAUGAAGAGUAGAUUUCGGAGUCGUAUGUAUUUUACUCAACGAC